CCGAUUUGUUAUAUCGAUCAAGAAUCAUUAUCAAAGAUCUUUGGUUAGGUGUUAAUAUAUUAUAUAGAAUAUUAAAGUUUAAAUUAAAUAGAAAAAUAAAGUAAGUAUAUUUGAAAGUUUAAAAAACGAAUACGAUGGAAAUUGACGAUCCAAAUCUUAAAGAAGGAAAUGGAAAAUUUUCUUUUUUAAACGGGGACACCUAUGAUGGAGAUUAUACGUUGCAUUUAAUUAAAGGCACUUUAUUCAAAAAUGGUGAUGGAGUAUACGUUACGGACGAUUUCAAUACGUAUAGCGGUAAAUGGAAAGAUGAUAACUUUGCUAAUGAAGACUUUUUCAUUCAACAUAACAACGGAACUCGAUAUAAUGGUGGAAUAAAUGCGUAUGGACAGAUGACUGGCAAUGGUAUAUAUCAUUUUCCCGACGAUUCAUCGAUAAAAGCAAUAUGGUACGAAAAUAAACCCGUUACCGAGAUUACUUAUCAAGAUUCACUUGGUUACGUUUGGAUCGUCGAAAGUAUUAAGGAUGACUCAAUAUACUUUAUGCCUAGCAAUCAUUUUUGGAUUGAAACAUGUCGAGGAACGUCGUCCGAUAAUGUUCACGAGCAACCAUCGUUAUCCAAUUCUAUCCAGAAUGUCGACUUUGUUGUUGACAAUCCUUCAAAUAAAUAA